AGUGUGAGCCUCUGUCGCGUGCUACCAACAACAUGACAGCGGUGGGUUUCUGUGGAAAGUGGUUUAUUUCCAACUGCGACAAGAAACUCGUUGCAGUUCACACUAAACAGAACAGAAAACCAUUCGUUUUUGACUGCAGCACUGCUGAGAAGAGGCCAAAGAAUACAACGAAUGACAACAGUGAUGAUGUUGCCUCAGAGGAAAUGGGAAGUGACACAGUCCUUGCGUUCACAGUGUCUCCCUCUGGAAAUCUGGUGGCACUGACUGAUGACACCAAGAGACUGGUUUUAUUUCACUGUGAGCCUUCAUGGCAGUGUACCAGCAUCAGAUGGGUGGCAAGGAGGUGCACAACCCUUGUGUUCAGCAAGGCUGAGGAUGAGCUGCUGGUUGCUGAUAAAUCAGGAGAUGUGUACUCCUUCUCGGUGGUGGAACCGCAGAGGGAUGGUGAGCUGAAGAUGGGACACCUGUCCAUGUUGCUAGCUAUAACUAUGUCACCGGAUGACAAAUACAUCAUCACAGCUGACCGUGAUGAGAAGAUCAGAGUGAGCCACUUCAGGUGUCCAUACAACAUCCAGUCCUUCUGCCUGGGACAUCAACAGUUUGUCAGUGCCUUGCUGGUCCCAUCAGCUCAACCCCACUGUCUGCUCUCUGGAUCAGGGGACGGGACCGUGAAGCUGUGGGAGUAUGAGUCUGGCCUUAGGCUACAAAGCUGGGACCUCAAAGAACUUGAAGAGACACCAAGCUCUAAAGAUGACAAAGAGAAGAGGCCAACUGUGUGUCGUAUCAUCAGCUCCCCUGAUGGAUGUCUCAUUGCUGUGCAGUGUGAAAGAGUAUCUGCAGUUCAGUUUUUCACUCUGGACCUGGUGGGUAAAGAGAAGCUUAUGCCACACAGUCGGCUGUCCUUGCCACAGUGUCCCCUCGACAUGACCUUUGACUCAGAGAAACAGCUCUGGGUGCUGAUGGAGUCUAAUGAUGCACCACUCCAAAUCUUCUCACACAGACAAGGCUCCUGGGAGUGUGAUUCUAAGAGCCCUGAACUCCACACAGUCACUGAAGUCUUCAUGCCACAUUGGGAAACGAUUGAAGCCUCCACCAGGACCAACAACCGGUUCGAGCAUCUGUUCAAAAUGAGUUUUGACAAUGUGACAGUAUAUCUACAGAAGAAGCAACAGAGACUGGAGGACCAGCAGCUGAAGAGGACGAUAACACAGAAGACUAACAACAAGAGGGCCAAGAAGGUCACAUCAGGAGCUGUAAAUCAAUAAUCAACAGCACUAUUAUUUCCUUUCUUUGAUUCUUGAAUGAAUCUAAGUUGAAACCUGUGUAAAUUGAUUUUUCAAAAUAAACAUUUUUGACAUUUAA